UCAUCUCAUCUAAACUAAAGCACUUUGUCAGAGGCGUCCAUUCACGUUACACACCCAUGCAAGAACGCGCAGACUCAAUCUCAUCUUGGAGCGCGACACUUGUAGUGAGGUCGGCUAUAUAAGUCCACUCUGAAUCUACUCUUUAAGUAACUAUAUACUUGUUUCUUCAAAGAAGUGAAGGAGGGCGGCAUCUCGCCAACUACCUGGCAACCUACAAGGCUGUACUGGACCUCCUCUAAAGAUUGAAGAUUCCUGUUGAUAUCCUGACAUGAAGCUCAAUUUACUUGGUACCACCGUGAUUCUGCUAGUUGCCUUCUUACCGCGCUACGAAUGUCGGGCUAUUGAGAGCCCUGGCGGUGCCCUGCGCGUCCCUGCUCCCCAAACCCAAAACUCCCAGCAACAGCAGCAGCGGUCUGGCCCCAUCCUGGAGCGGCUUGGAGAGGAGUAUUUCAUCCGACUGGGCAACGGGGACUCUAAUUCUUUCCCAUCACCGCCCAUGUAUCCCGGCGGAACACCUGCAAUCUACAACAGAGCGUUGCAACUCCAGCUGACGCGGCGUCUUUUACAAGGGAAAGUUGGAAACAUCAGGGCGCUCAUAAGCGGCUUCGGGGACCGCGGAGACGAGUCGAUGGAGAGGGGAAGGAGGUCCGAAGACCCGCCUAUAUCCCUGGAUCUGACUUUCCACCUGCUGCGGGAAAUGAUGGAGAUGUCCAAGGCGGAACAGCUGGCUCAGCAAGCGCAAAAUAACAGAAGAAUGAUGGAGCUCUUCGGGAAAUGAAGACCUCUUCCCAGACGGCCAAAGAUCUCCCUUCUCUUUCUUUCUUUUUAGUUGCUGCAUUUUUACCAUCAGCACAAAACAUGCUGUGUACAAUAUAGUGCUGCUUUAUCACUUUAUAAUUUAAAGCUUUAACCUCAAACUAUGGAGCGUAAACGGCCUUGACUUAUAAUGAUCCGAUUGUACCUGGCCAUUUUAAUGUUGGUAUCAAAUCUGUAGAAUUCACACGUUCUUCAUAUUUGAGAUUAAAUGCUUUUGGUUGAGACAUGAAUUAAAGUUGGCGUUUUGUUUUAGAUUAUGAAACCCUGUAUUUAUGAUAUUUAUGUUUGUUAAUAAACGUAUGUGCAACCAGUCAUUUUCUGUUGUGCAAGAGAACGU